UUUCAUGGAUCUAGGUGCCUCAACUGGAUCUCUUCUCACCUAGAGAAAAUGAAGACAUCUAGGAUGUGGGUUUGGAGAAUACAGGCAGAGCUCUUUCUUCUCUAUACUGCCCUGUGUUGUCUCAGUUUGCCUGGCUCCAGAGGUGAAAGGCCACCCUCUCUUGAGUCAAAUGCAAUCAACGAGAGCCUUGCCAAGAGUAGGCAGACACGGAGUGUGGCUGUCACGUUGAUGCCUAUUGAUUGUGAACUGUCCAGCUGGUCCUCCUGGACUAUGUGUGAUCCCUGUCAGAAGAAAAGGUACAGACACGCCACCUUGCUCCAGCCCUCUCAGUUCCGUGGGGACCCAUGCAUCUUCUCUGAUAAGGAAGUCGAAGACUGUGAGACCAAAGCACCAUGCAGAAGUCAAGUGCGAUGUGAAGGCUUUGUGUGUGCGCAGACAGGGAGGUGUGUAAACCGCAGACUCCUUUGCAAUGGGGACAACGACUGUGGAGACCAGUCAGAUGAGGGAAACUGUAAAAAGAUUUAUAAAAAGUGUCAGCAAGAAAUGGACCGAUACUGGGCAAUUGACAGACUAGCCAGUGGGAUUAAUUUAUUCACAAACAGUUUGGAAGGCCCGGUUCUCGAUCACAGGUAUUACGGCGGUGGAUGCUCUCCCCAUUACAUACUGAACACGAAGUUUAGGAAGCCAUACAACGUGGAGAGCUACACCCCACAGACCCAAAGCAAAUAUGAAUUUGCACUGACAGAAUAUGAAUCAUACUCAGAUUUUGAAUAUAAUGUCACAAAGGCAGAAAGGAGCAAGUUUAGUUUCAGCUUUGGUUUUAAAAUACCUGGAAUAUUUGAAGUUGGCAUUAACACGGCAAGUGAUAAUGGCAAACGUUUUGUUAGCAGAACCAAACGAUUCUCUCAUACUAGAAGCAAAUUUCUGCACGCGCGCUCUGACCUUGAAGUAGCACAUUACAAGCUGAAACCGCGAAGCCUCAUGCUCCAUUACGAAUUCCUGCAACGAGUCAAGCAACUGCCCCUGGAGUACGGCUACGGGGAGUACAGAGAUCUCUUCCGUGAUUUCGGGACCCACUACAUCACAGAGGCCGUGCUUGGGGGCAUUUAUGAAUACACACUCAUUAUAAACCAAGAGGCCAUGGAGAAAGGAGAUUAUUCUCUUAAGGAUAUUCAUAGCUGUGCCCAAAAUGGUUUUAAAAUUGGUGCUGCCGUGAAAGCGGUCUACGUCAAGCUGGGUGUGUCGCUGGAGACAUGCGAGGGUAUUCUGAAAGAAAUAAAAGACAGAAAGAAGAGAAAUACCAUGGUAGAGGACUUGGUGGUCCUUGUGCGAGGAGGAGCAAGUGAGUAUAUCACUGCCCUGGCGUACAAGGACCUGCCGACAGCAGACCUGAUGCAGGAGUGGGGAGACGCAGUGCAGUACAACCCGGACAUCAUCAAAAUUAAGGCAGAGCCUCUGUAUGAACUGGUGACAGCCGCAGACUUUGCCUACUCCAGCAGAGUGAAGCAAAACAUGAAACAGGCCCUGGAGGAGUUCCAGAAAGAAGUCAGCUCCUGCCACUGUGCCCCCUGCCAAGGGAAUGGAGUCCCUGUCCUGAAAGAAUCACGCUGUGAAUGCAUCUGUCCUAAUGGAUUCCAAGGUCAAGCCUGUGAGAUCACCUUACGGGAAAAUGUCCCCAUUGAUGGGAAGUGGAAUUGCUGGUCAAACUGGUCUUCGUGUUCUGGAGGACAGAAAACAAGACAAAGGCAGUGCAACAAUCCACUUCCUCGAAAUGGGGGCAGCGCCUGCUUGGGCCCUGCUUCGGAAACGCUUAGCUGUUAA